UGGUCACAUGUGAAGGAUUCUUGCUAUUGGUUUUUGCUGGAGAUUAGAAUGAACUUUGGCUCAGUUCCUCUUGUGAAGGAAAAGAAACGGGUUGAGUCUGUGCCUCGUUGUUUGCUGGAUGAAUCCUUUCACAUUUCCUGUCUGUAUUAAUGUGCUCGUGUCGGGGUGACGAUUGGAGUGUUUGUGCUUCUUUUCCAACUUGGACUCAGAACAGGGUAAUGGCUCCAGAGGGGAGCAGUGUCUGUUUCCAGUUUAUAAUUUGACACUCAUAUCUCUGGGUGUUGUCUGGAUAAAGAGAAGUAGCCUUGAACCCAUCGCGCAGAGACACGAGCAGCAUGAACGGGAGCAGAUCGGAUGAUGCUGGAUGUGACUCAACUGGAUCAGAAGCAGCUGUCGGCAGCAAUACCGACGCCCACGGCGGCAGCUCGGCCACACAGGGCACCGUUGUGGAGCGACUGUCGCGGUAUGGCCGGCAAGUCCUGCCCGGUUCUUUCCAGCGUAGGUCGCGGCAGCAGAGGCAGCAAGAAGCCGCCGCCACCGAUGGCUGCGCACCGGGGGGUCCUCUGCAGAGAGAGGCUCCGGAGAGGGGCUCGCUCACACCCGCCAUGCGUAAGAAGUACCUGAAACAGUUGUUGUUCAGUAACGCGUCAAACAGCGGGUUCAGCAGCGCACUGUCCUCCCAGACCGACAGCGUGUCCUCCGAGCAGGAGGACGCAGACUGGGCUCUGUGUCCCAUGGAGCACGCGUGGAUGCUGUCUGCGGUGGAAGGGAACUACGACACCAUCCUGGAGUUCAUGUCCGAGGAGCCGAACCUGCUGACCAGGAGGGACUUCAUCAGCGGGUACUCGGUGCUGCACUGGCUGGCCAAGAGAGGACAGGACGAGACCCUGCUCAAACUUCUGCGCUACGCCGAAACUGCGGGGGUCCGCGUGAACGUGAACUUGCGGGGCAGCGGCGGGCUCACCCCGCUGCACGUCGCCAGUAUGCACUCUCAGUACAUGGUCGUCAAACUGCUGGUGGGGGCUUUCGGUGCCAACGUGGAUGCCAUGGAUUAUAACGGGAGGAGAGCCUGGCAGUAUCUGAGGGGAGACGCCCCGCUCGAGAUGAAGGAGCUGCUGGGGACCUGGGACGAGGAGCACAGCUGCGGAGGUGUCAAAUGGAACGUCAACAACAACAGUGCGGGCGCAGUGACCCCGGAUACAGAGGAGGAGGAGGAGGAGGAGGAGGGACAGACUGACGUGCACUUCUUUGACCGGACUAAGAGAAGCGGCAGCUGGAGAUUUGGCUCCUUCAAGAAAAUGCUGGCCUCGUUUUCAUUUUCAGGAAACAAAAGGUGAAGUUCGGUCACAAACCUCCAAAUAUCUGCAUUUCACAUUUCAGCCACUUGUGUGGUUUUCAACCUGGAUCAGAAACACUGCAACAUCUAGUAGUCAAGUCAAUUUUUCCUUCAUUUAAAAUGGAACCUUUGUUUUUUUAUAACCAUUUGCAUCUCAAACCAGUAUCCCCACUCCACAUGCAGGUAUUUCUUUUAUUACUUUAGGGUGGAGUUGAUUUAUAGAAGGGAUAUGUUUGUUGUUAUAUACCUUCUGAAUUGAAACAGAAAAUCUGAAAUCCACAAGCCUGUAAUUGGGGUCACCCAGGUAUUUAAAAUAUGGAAAUAGCUGGUUAACUUCCACUAUGAGUACUGCUUUCCAUUCAAACAUCUUAAUUGUGCAUUAACUUCACUGAACCUUUUUUCAAUAAAACAAUGUAUGUGCUGUUCUUUAAACUUCUCACUGAGGCUGCUCUUGUUCCAUCUCAACAGCUCUCGUUGCCUACGUGGCCACAUUUUUCUCCAGUUUGAGUAAACACUUCAUAGUUUGUCUUGCCUCUUGAAUAGCGGUACUUUCUGCAGAGCUGUGUCAGCAGUACCUCGGGCAAUGUGUGGUUUGCCUC